CCAUGACCCUCCCUCCUUACCUCCUCUGCCCUCUCCCACAUGUUCCUUUCUCCUCUUCCUCUGUGUCUGCUCUACUUGUGGAAGAAACGGGACAACUCUGGGCCAUGAGGCUGGCCGCGCCCCUGGUUUUCCUGGCUCUCAUUCGGGUUGCUGUGCAGCUAUUGGACACCAGUCAAUUUUUAAUAUAUAAUGAAGAUCACAAGCGCUGUGUGGAAGCAUUAAGUCCCAGUGCAGUCCAAACUGCAGCUUGCAAUCAAGAUAAUGAAGCCCAGAAAUUCCGAUGGGUCUCUGAAUUCCAGAUUAUGAGUGUUAAAUUUAAAUUGUGCUUGGGAGUGCCGUCAAAAAGCGAUUGGGUUGCUGUCACGCUAUAUGCCUGUGACUCAAAGAGUGAAUUUCAGAAAUGGGAGUGCAAAAAUGACACACUUUUGGGAAUCAAGGGAGAAGAUUUAUUUUUUAACUAUGGCAAUAAACAAGAAAAGAAUAUCAUGCUUUACAAGGGGUCGGGUUUGUGGAGCAGAUGGAAGAUCUAUGGAACCACAGAUGAUUUAUGCUCCAGAGGUUAUGAAGCCAUGUAUACAUUGCUGGGUAAUGCAAACGGAGCAACCUGUGCAUUUCCAUUCAAGUUUGAAAAUAAAUGGUAUGCAGAUUGCACGAGUGCUGGGAGAUCAGAUGGCUGGCUUUGGUGUGGAACCACUACAGAUUAUGACACGGAUAAACUAUUUGGAUUUUGUCCAUUGAAAUUUGAGGGCAGUGAAAGCUUAUGGAAUAAAGACCCAUUGACAAGCAUUUCCUACCAGAUAAACUCCAAAUCUGCUUUAACUUGGCACCAGGCGAGGAAGAGCUGCCAGCAACAGAACGCCGACCUCUUGAGCAUCACAGAGAUACAUGAGCAAACAUACCUGACAGGAUUAACCAAUUCCUUGACUUCUGGACUCUGGAUUGGACUUAACAGUCUGAGUUUCAACACUGGAUGGCAGUGGAGUAGUGGCAGUCCAUUCCGAUAUUUGAACUGGUUACCAGGAAGUCCAUCAGUGGAACCUGGAAAAAGCUGUGUGUCACUAAAUCCCGGGAAAAGCGCUAAAUGGGAAAAUCUGGAAUGUGUUCAGAAACUUGGCUAUAUUUGUAAAAAGGGCAACACAACUUUGAAUUCUUUCAUUUUUCCCUCAGAAAGUGAUGUGCCCACUAGUUGUCCAAGUCAGUGGUUGUCCUAUGCAGGUCAUUGUUACAAAAUUCACAAAGAGGAGAAGAAAAUCCAAAGAGAUGCUUUGAUGGCAUGUAGGAAGGAAGGUGGCGAUCUAGCCAGUAUACACAGCAUCGAGGAAUUUGACUUCAUUUUCUCCCAGCUGGGCUAUGAGCCAAAUGAUGAGCUAUGGAUUGGUUUAAAUGACAUCAAGAUUCAGAUGUACUUUGAAUGGAGUGAUGGGACUCCUGUGACAUUUACCAAAUGGCUUCGUGGAGAACCAAGUCAUGAAAACAACAGGCAGGAAGAUUGUGCUGUGAUGAAAGGCAAGGAUGGAUUCUGGGCAGAUCGGGCCUGUGAGAGACCUCUUGGCUACAUAUGUAAGAUGAAAUCACAAACCCAAGCACCAGGAACAGUGGUGGUCGACUUAGGCUGCCAGAAGGGCUGGAAAAGACAUAGAGUCUACUGCUAUAUGAUUGGACACACACUUUCAACAUUUACAGAAGCAAACCAAACUUGUGCAAAUGAGAAGGCUUACCUAACAACUGUUGAAGACAAAUAUGAACAAGCCUUUCUUACUAGUUGGGUUGGAUUGAGGCCUGAAAGAUAUUUUUGGACAGGACUUUCAGAUGUGCGAAACAAAGGUACCUUUCAGUGGACUAUUGAGGAAGAGGUUCACUUCACUCACUGGAAUUCAGAAAUGCCAGGACGAAAAGCAGGGUGUGUUGCCAUGAGAACUGGCACUGCAGGAGGUCUGUGGGAUGUUUUGAAAUGUGAGGAAAAGGCAAAAUUUGUGUGCAAACAGUGGGCAGAAGGAGCAACUCGCCCUCCAGUGCCCACAACAACUCCAGAACCCAAAUGUCCAGAGGAAUGGGGCAGCAGCAGUAAAACAAGUUUGUGUUUCAAGGUGUAUGGAAAAGGAAAACAGAAGAAAACGUGGUUUGAAUCUCGUGAUUUCUGUAGAGCUCUGGGUGGUGAUCUUGCUAGUAUCAAUAAUAAAGAGGAACAGCAAGCAAUAUGGCGGCUAAUAACGGCUAGUGCAAAUUACCAUGAAGUGUUUUGGCUGGGGCUGACAUAUGGGAAUCCUUCAGAAGGCUUUACAUGGAGUGAUGGUUCUCCUGUUUCAUAUGAAAAAUGGUCUUAUGGAGAACCUAAUAAUCAUGAAAAUAUUGAAUUCUGUGGCGAAUUGAAAGGUGACCCUGGUAUGUUCUGGAAUGAUAUUAACUGUGAACAUCUUAACUACUGGAUUUGCCAGAUUCCAAAAGGACAAACACCAAAACCUGAGCCAACACCACCUCCUUUUGACAAUCCAUCAGUCACUGAAGAUGGCUGGGUUAUUUACAAAGACUACCAAUAUUAUUUUAGCAAAGAGAGGAAAGCCAUGGAAGAUGCACGAGCAUUUUGCAAGAAGAAUUUUGGUGACCUUGUUUCUAUUCAAAGUGAAAGUGAAAGGAAGUUUCUAUGGAAAUAUGGAAACAGGAAUGGUGGACAGCCGGCAUAUUUUAUUGGUUUAUUGAUCAGCUUGGAUAAAAAGUUUAUGUGGAUGGAUGGAGACAAAGUGGAUUAUGUGUCAUGGGCUCCAGGUGAACCCAAUUUUGCAAACGAUGAUGAAAACUGUGUAACCAUGUAUUCACAUUCAGGGUUUUGGAAUGACAUUAAUUGUGGUUACCCUAAUGCCUUCAUUUGCCAGCGGCAUAAUAGCAGCAUCAAUGCCACGGUUAUUCCUACAACCACUCCGAGCUCAGGAGGUUGUAAGGAAGGCUGGAGUCUUUUUAAUAACAAGUGUUUCAAGAUCUUUGGAUUUGUAGAAGAAGAAAGAAAUAAUUGGCAAGAGGCACGAAAAGCUUGCAUAGGAUUUGGAGGAAAUCUGGCAUCCAUACUCAAUAAAAAAGAGCAAGCAUUUCUCACCUAUCACAUGAAGGGCUCUACUUUUAACGUCUGGAACGGACUGAAUGAUGUCAAUUCCGAGCGCACGUUCUUGUGGACAGAUGGGCGAGGAGUUAGCUACACCAACUGGGCAAAUGGGUUCCCAGCUGGAAGGAGGAGCAGUCUUUCUUAUGAAGAGGCUGACUGUGUUGUUAUUAUUGGAGGGAAAUCAAGGGAAGUAGGGAAAUGGAUGGAUGACAAGUGUGACAACAAGCGAGGCUAUGUAUGCCAGAUGCUUCCUGAUUCUUCAUUGACUAAUCCUCCAACAACAGCUUCGACAGAUGGCUUUAUUAAAUAUGGUGAAAGUAGCUACUCACUCAUAAAGUUAAAGUUACCAUGGCUUAAAGCACAGGAUUACUGCAAAUUUCACAGUUCCUUUAUGGCUAGCAUUCUAGAUCCCUAUAGUAACGCAUUUGCAUGGAUGCAGACACAAUCACUUAAUGAACCUGUGUGGAUUGCCCUGAACAGUAACUUGACCAAUAAUGAAUAUGUUUGGACUGAUAAAUGGAGGAUGAGGUACAGUAAUUGGGCUGCUAAUGAGCCCAAACUGAAGUCUGCAUGUGUUUAUUUGGGUAAUGAUGGCUACUGGAAGACAGCACAUUGCAAUGAAAGUUUUUAUUUUCUCUGCAAAAGAUCAGAUGAAAUCCCUGCCACUGAACCUCCACAGCUGCCUGGGAGAUGCCCAGAGUCAGAGCACACAGCCUGGAUUCCUUUCCAUGGUCACUGCUACUAUAUUGAGUCUUCAUAUACAAGAAACUGGGGCCAGGCAUCUCUGGAAUGUCUUCGAAUGGGUUCUUCUUUGGCUUCCAUUGAAAAUGCUGCUGAAUCAAGUUUUCUGUCCUAUCGAAUUGAGCCACUUCAAAGCAAAACCAAUUUUUGGAUAGGAUUGUACAGAAAUGUUGAAGGAAUGUGGCUCUGGAUAAACAACAAUCCAGUUUCUUUUGUCAACUGGAACACAGGGGAUCCCUCUGGUGAACGAAAUGAUUGUGUAGCUUUAGUUGCAGCUACUGGGUUUUGGAAAAACAUUCACUGCUCAUCCUACAAAGGAUAUAUUUGUAAAAGACCCAAAAUUGUUGAUGCUGAACCUACUCACACUUUAGUUACAACAAAAGCUGACUCAAGGAAGAUGAGUCCUCCCAAGCCAUCUUCUAGCACGCCAGGUGUCGUGGUCUUUGUGAUCUUCCUGAUUUUAGCUGGUGCUGGCUUCGCUGCUUACUACUUUUAUAAGAAAAGACGUGUACCCUUACCUCCAGAAGGCACUUUUGAAAACACUCUCUAUUUUAACAGUAGAUUGAGUCCAGGAACUAGUGACACAAAAGAUCUUGUGGGCAACAUUGAACAGAAUGAGCAUGCAGUCAUCUAAUAUCAACAUGUGAUGUAGAUAUAUUUGAGCUUCCUAAAAUAGUAGCUCAAAUAUUAGGGUCUUUCAUUCAAUGUGAUUGUUUCCUUUAGAAUUAGUACUGUGUUGUGCUGGUCUGUCAUUUUUUCUUUGUCUAAUUGAAAAAAAAAAUUAGAAAAUACCAUUUUCUAGCUUGGCAAGAGAUUUUUCACAAAAGAGGGAUAGGAAUAUUGACUACCACUUUAAAAAAUAUCUCAUGUAAAUACACAACACAGCAAUGUCAACAUUUGAACAUCAUUGGUGUGUAGCUGCUAGUAACUGCAUGCAGAGCAAAGAACCUCAGAAGCAUCCACCCUCCAUUUUCUGAAAUAGGUGAAGGAGUUCACAAAGAAAUUUUGCCUAUUGAAUUGUAAUUCAGUCAUAGAAGAUGAUUUAAAAAUCAAGUAUCAAUAACCUCAUGUGGCAUAAAAAUUUAGUCCCUUUUUUUUUUCUUUUACCUAUAUAGAUUUUCACUCCAGGUAUCACCAUUGUAUUUGUACAUGUGCAGAAUGAAUACUGUAGCUGAAAAUCUUGUUUUUCCCCAAACAGGGUGUUCCAGGUUGAGUAUUGCAAAUGUGUUCUUUGUCCUGUUACUUGUAUAUCAGGAAUGCAAAGAUGUGAAAUAAAAAUGUAAAUUUGCAUAACUGGAUGUACUGAGAUAAUGUGAAAUACACCUCAAACACAUCUGUUUUUAGCAGAUUUGUAUUUUGGUCAUCCUGGCAAGUGUAAAUUUUCUUUUAAAUGAGAUUUAUUUAUCUAUUUACUUUAUACUUAACCAUUUUCUUAAAGCAAACCAUAUUAUUGAUAGAGGAAUUCUUUAAAUUAAACCCUUUAUUUCUUUGAAAAAAGAUAAUAAUGCUAAAACACUAUGUGUAAAAGGUGUUUCAUAACAACUUGCAAAUUUCCCCCAUAACCAUCUCUCAACCCAGAAUUCAAUAAUCAAAGGCACUAUUAUUGGGAAUUAUUUUGUCAUUUCUUUGUGCUUAAGAAUUUUGUCUGAGAUAAAGCUUCAUGUUCACUGUGAAAUACUUUGGCGGUUUCAUACCUCACACAGGUACCACACUGCCAGCUCAUCCUUGCCUUUCUCAAGGCAUUGCUGAAUGGCAGGCCUUUUUUACCUGAGUUCAUUGGCAAAACUCCAUGGAUGGUGUGAAAGGGUCUGUGAAGGCUCCCAAAUUGUAUGUAAAACGUGGUCUCCAUAGGUAAUUGUACCUCUUUCUUUCUGGAAGAAAAUAGCUAAAUUAAAAAAAAAUCCAUAAUUCAAUAAAACAGCAGCGUAUUGGGUAAAAGUAGGAUAGAGUUCCUAAUAUCCCAACUUAGAUAGGUAACAGGUAGAAACAGGAAGUGGAGAUAGGGAAUUGUAGAAAAAGGCUGUUGAGCACAAACAACUUCUCACAUCUCAAACAAUAGAAAACAAAAUGCUUUUCAUUUUCCUGGUAAGAAAAUAUGUUUCAUUUGAAGAAGUUCCAAUGACAACAAUGGCUGCAGCAUAAAGCAACAUGUAGUUAAUCCCUUACUAUGUCUGUGUGUGUGUGUAUGUGUUUGUGUGUGUACUCAAGAAUCAACAAAUACUAGGGACAUGGAAUAAGGUGAGAAACAUGAAUGAGUGUGGUUUACAAAUUCUUUACACAAGUCACUUUCAUUCUUAUUGAGAACUGUGUUUUCUAGAAAAUCUUCAAACAGCGUAUAUCUAAGACAUCCAUGUCUUAUCUCUUCAAGAAACAGUGUAUUCGGCGGAAUGCUGAGUAGUAUAUUUCACUUUCAUAUUAUCUCCUUAAACAUGUAAGUCAUCUGUAUCUGCAGAUCUAUCCAAAUCCAAAACUGAAAUA